UUAGUUACCUUACCUUGCCUUACCCUGCAUUCUUUAGUAAGUGACACGUAGUAGAAAAUAUGUAGUUCGUGUUAGUUUUGUCGAGGCAAAGGUUACUUGUGUUUUUUCUUUCAACUUUUGUACUCACUUUAGAUUUGUCAUCCUGGACUUUAUCUUAGUUCGGAUGUAGUUAAUAUGUCUUUGAAAAAUGUGAAGUCAGAGUCUGAGUGGAGUGGUGGAACCAGUGCAGUGUUAUAUGAAGGGCAUGAAAUUAAACAAGAAAUUGUUUUAGGCCCUAUUGUGCUGCAGCGGUGUGACUUGCCCCAUCAAGUAAAUGGUCAAUGUAAAUUAGUGACAAACAACAAUAAGGCCACCAUAGAUGCUUCGGCUUUGGGAACCGAUGUGAUGGUGCGUCUGGUGUCUGAGAAGAUAGGCAGCGAUUAUGGUGUAAAGAAAGCCCAUGUCAACCAAGCAGACAUGUCACCGACACCAGCAAGUAUAAAACGGGAACCAGCUGAUGAUGACCUGCUUCUAGUUGCAGACCUGGGCACCGAUGAGAUGGUGCGGCUAGGUCUGACUCCUGAAACUAUGGGGGCUGACUAUGAAAUCUAUCGAAACAAAUUAACAGCUGAUAUCAAAAAAGAAGCCACUGCGCCCACAUCAACAGCUUUUGCUGCGCCCCAGAGUACCGUGCCUGCCUCGCAUGUCGACGUGGUCGUUAAGGACGAGCUUUUGAAGGAAGAGGCUAGCGAUCGUGAAAAUGGCGUGUAUCGGAGAAGCCGAAGACUCAACAAGCAAAAGGCAGAAACAAAACAACAGUUUAUUAAAUAUAGCAGUAAUUUAACUUUCGAAACUGAUUCAGAAGAUAAUGAUACAGAUUCAGAAUAUGAAGCGAAACACUCAAAGCAUGACACAUCAGACAGCGAUGAAAAACCGAAUUUAAAUGUAAAAAACCGGAAAACAAAAGAUGACAAGCCGAAAAAAACGUCAUAUUUGUGACUUUUGUAAUAAAGAAUUUAAUUUUAGGGCAGGUUUGACUAAUCAUAUUAGAACACACACUGGUGAAAAGCCAUAUUCAUGUAAUAUAUGCCCUAAAAAGUUUUCAGAUUAUGCCGUACUGGUCCGACAUAGACGGAUGCAUGCUGGCCUAAAACCCCAUGUUUGUGAUAUCUGUGGCAGAAAAUAUAGCGAAAAAUAUCUAUUAAAAAACCAUAAAUUAGUACAUACGGGUGAAAUGCAAUAUUUCUGUAAAUUUUGCCCGAAACAAUUUGUUAAUUCAUCGAAUUAUAGGAGACAUCAGAAAGUUCAUAUGCAUAAAUAUGAGUGUGAUAUGUGCAAUAAGCGUUUUGAGAAGAAAGAUGCUUUGGUUUCCCAUAUUGUUAAUCAUAUGAAACCGAAGCCCUAUACUUGUAAGUAUUGUAAGAAAGGUUUUUUUCAAAUUGGGCAUUUGAAUAGACAUUUAGUGAUACAUGUAGGGACAAAGGAAAAGUAUCGUUGUGGUAAUUGUAAGCAAAAUUUUACGCAAAAAGCGUCACUGAAAAGGCAUGUUGAGAGAAAUGUUUGUAAAAAAAAAAGUUUAAAAAAAGUAAAUACUUGUUCUAUGUAGACAAUUAAAACAUUUAAUCUGAUCUUUAAAAAAAAAAAAAAAUGUUAAUAUAAUGAUGUUAUAUUAUGAGCAAUUUUGAUAAGACCUUUAAAUAGUUUUUUUUUUUAAUAUUUACCAACUGUAGGUAUAAGGGACGCUUUGAAGUUAUGAAUUUUCUAUAAUGAUGAAUGUUAAUAUUUGUAUAAUUUAUGGGAAAAGCAAUAUUUUCUUAAAAACAACAAAAUAAUAGCAUUAUUAUGUUUAUAGCAUGUUUAGCUAUAAAAUAAAAAAGUACUUAUAAUAAAUUUAUAAUCAUUAAAAUGUGCCUUACGGUAUGGAAUUAUUUCCGUCCAUUUUGAAUAAUAAAAUUUAGAUACAUGGUUCUAUUACUAAAGUUAGUAUAUUUUUAAGAUAGAAUAUUAUAGGUGUUCGAGGUAUAACUUAUAUCUGACUAACGUUAUCAUAUAUUUUUUAAUAUAAAUAUAUACUUAACGAGCAAUAUAUACAUAAUAUGAUAUAAUUAACAGUAUAAUGGUUUACACUAUUAUUAAUGGAAAUUAAUUUGUAAAAACCUUUGGUUUAGUAUAUUAUUUAAAGUACCUAAAUAUUGGUCAGUACGUAAGAACUUUUACAUAUUUUCUUUAAAAAAAUACUUAUACAAAUAAAUAAAAAAUAUUUUAUGACA